GCUAUUACAAACAUUUGUUAUAAAAUGCGGAAGAAAAAAAGUUAAGGGUCAUUUACCUGUUCUGAAAUUCGACUGAUCCCUCUGAUAAUAAAGACUCGGUUUUAUAAAACUAAGUCGCUUUUUUACUUCUCCAGCAUUUCGUCAUAAUUCGCCAUGAAGUUUAGUGUAGUGAUUUUUUUCGCGAUUUUGGUAAAUUUACAAUUUACUUCGUCCCUUGACGACCAUCAUUUUUCUGACGUUAGUCAACCUUUAAGUAGUAGUGAUCAUAAAGUUCUUCAAGACUGUCACAAUGACGAUUACCGGACAUAUUUGCGAUGUUUAAAGAGACACAAACGACAUUAUGAAAUUUCCGGGUCUAGUAAAAAUUGUCUGGAUAAUUGCAUUGUUGCAAAUUGUACAUCCUCGAAAUGCGUGCACGAUUGUUAUUCACGGUGUAAGAAGAAAAUUACUGAAACCUAUUCCAAAGUCACGGAAACAGAAUAUGAAUGCGCUGGUGGAAAGUGUAAGGAAUUGGACAAUUCUAAAAUUCCAAAUAUUACCACUAAUGUUAAUAUUACAAUUGGUCUGAAUUCAUCGAACUGCAAUGAGAAUAAUACAAAAUCAACUGGAAAUUCUGCAUCGGAAAAUAAUGAUGGCUCUCGUGACGCUUCCAAAGUUACUAUAAAUAAUAUCAUUACCAAUUUGCCUAAUACUGGAUCCGAAAACUCCAACUGUCGAUGUCCUGGAUGUAACUGUUUCCCGUGGUCUAUUUUGCCGCAAAUAACAAUUGGAUUUGGUCCAGGACCAAUUGGAGUUGGAUGCUGCUAUCCACAACCGUGCACUUGCUAUCAACCUUCUCCGAAAAUUGAUUGUGGAUACUGUAACAAUCCUGUUUUCCGUUACAAAUGUGACGCCAGUUGCUUUAAUCCAAGUGGACCAAGCUUCCAAUCCGUAAAUACAACUACAAACAAUCGGUAUGAAUCAAUAAAUUCUAAACUGAGUCGAUAAAAAUUGAUUGAUGACUGCAAAGGAGUGGGGAUUUUUUAUCUCUGGCAGAUUUCGACAAUAUCAAAGUGUUUCUUUAUGAUAAAUUUUAAUUUUGUAUAUUGUAAUUGAACGAAUGAAAUAUUAAACCCUUUUUUGAAAGGGUGCCAUUGUCGGGUGUAAAGUAAUGCAUUUGUCAAAUUGUGACAGACUAUAAUUUAUAUAUACCAAAAGUGUGUAUACAUUAAGCUCGAUUGUCUAAAAUUCUAGUUAAAGCAGGUUGUAAGAAGAAAAAUACUUUUACCAGUAAUACUUUGAAGCAUACCCUUUUCAACGUGAACCCCCGCAGAGAUCGUUGCAGGUGACAGUAUUUAGUGGGAACAGGUGUUAUAAUAUUGAUGGUCCCAUACCAGCUACUUUCACCACUAGUAAUAAUUUAGUCUUUGAAUUGAAUCAAUUGUAAUAUAACAUUUGACUACUCCUUUGCCUUCUUGACAAUAAUGAAUUUCACUCGGAAAAAUC